ACCGCUCAACUCAACAGCUGGAUGCGGAGAGGCAGCUGGAUGCGUUAGAGAGCACCGCUACAUACAACCCAGCGCUUCUCCCCGUAUGUCCAGAAAAGCGUGUGCUCGGCUUGGCUGCUCUCGCUUUCUUAGCGCUGGACUUGAGCGCUUUUUUGCUGGUCCGGUCGGUCAGGGGCGAGAGGGACGAGCGCGGCUGGCUAACGUUAACGCUCUUUUCGGGGAUUCGUGUCUUUAACACUACGGCGGUUACUGAGGAGAACUGGCUAGAGAAACCGCUAACGUUAUUCAGAUAACUUUUUCGUGAGAUAGAGCUUCACUGUAACAGGAACUACACGUUUCUCCGACGUUUUUAACCCUCUUUGGACCGAAGGAUUUGUACACACAGUACAGCAGCUACACUGGGACCGUUACCCCCCAAAACCAGCGAGCUAACGUCAGUUAUAGGUUAACUGGCUAGUCGACGGACAUAUCUGUCUCUCAGGGGGAAACAGACCUCGGGAAGGAGUAAAGUGGCGUGAAGUCCCGUUUCUCCCCUUCUAUCGGUCUCUGUCUCUCCCUCUCUUAACGCUGCAGCAGCGUGGUGGCGAACUGGGAUGGAGCCGUUUGGAUACGGCUAUAGUUAGCUAGCCUGCUAGCCUCGUUUCUGUUUGCAAGGGGCGAAGUUGCAACAUCAACAUCGACGACAGAGAAAAAAAGACUGUCAGGCUGGCAGGAAUGAAGGAAGAGAACUUGUUCCGUCGGCGCUUCUCUUUGUGUCCUACGGCCACCUCCCCUCCUAAAAUUGACCCACGCAUGCUCACUCGUAACCUGUCCUGUGGAGGGGACAAUGAGCUGUACCCGCUCAGCCCAGGCGGGUGUGUGUGUGUACGUGCAUGUGUGUGUUUCGCAGGUGAGUCGGAAAGAAACGGUUUGCCCUUGCUGAGAGAUGAGGUCAGCCCAGCUCAGUCUCCUGGCAGUACCUCAGAAUCAAAGAUGUUCAUAGGUCUGGACAAAGACAGCUCCUCGCCCACUGAAAAACUGGCUAGAAAGGAAUCUCUAAAGGUUCAGAAAAAGAAUUAUCGCCAGGAGAAGAAGAGGGCAGCCAAAGAGUUAUUCAGUGCUCUGAAAGACCCCAGUGUGGUCAUUAUGUCAAACUGGUUGAAGAUCCGGGGUACACUGAAGAGUUGGACAAAGCUGUGGUGUGCUCUGAAGCCUGGGGUUCUCCUGAUCUAUAAAACCCCAAGCUCUGAGCACUGGGUAGGCACCAUCCUUCUGAACGCCUGCAAGUUGAUUGAGCGGCCUUCAAAGAAAGAUGGCUUCUGCUUCAAACUGUACCACCCUUUAGACAAGUCCAUCUGGGCCAUGAAGGGUCCCAAAGGAGAGACAGUUGGCUCUAUCACACAGCCUCUUCCUAGUAAUUACCUGAUCUUUAGAGCUGCGUCUGAGUCUGAUGGCCGAUGCUGGAUGGAUGCAUUGGAGUUGGCCCUCAGCUGCUCCAGCCUGUAUAAACUGACUGCUAAGACCUGCAAGGAUGGGGACCUGAGCAGCUCAUCCGAAUCUUCCCAUAUACUUCAACUUCUGCAGUCUACCGCACUCAACGACCAAGAACUGCUACAGUUGAAUGACUCAAUGCUGGAAAACAACCACAUGGAGAACGACGGCCUUUCUGACAAGUCUGAGAGGGAGGCCCAUGAUGACUCAGAUAAUGCAGCCAAUGAAAAUGGGGGAAGAUUAACUGAGGAGAGUGAUAUGGACCAAUCAGAUGACCUUUCGCCUUGCCUCCAGGCAACAGCCUAUGUUGAACAGGGCCAGGAGGAGAUGGGAGAGCCUGGCGAGGCAUCUCAGGUGGAAACUGUGUCAGAGGAGAAUAAAGGGCUAAUCUGGACACUGCUGAAGCAGCUGAGGCCUGGCAUGGACCUGUCCAAAGUCGUCCUGCCCACCUUCAUCCUGGAGCCUCGUUCCUUUCUGGACAAACUCUCUGACUAUUACUACCACGCCAAUUUCCUUUCCCAGGCCGUCGCAGAGGAAAACCCGUACUGCAGGAUGAAGCAGAUUUUGCGUUGGUACCUUUCAGGCUUUUACAAAAAGCCCAAGGGGCUGAAAAAGCCUUACAACCCCAUCCUUGGGGAGACAUUCCGCUGCUGUUGGCUGCACCCCCAGACUGACAGUUGUACCUUUUACUUAGCAGAGCAAGUGUCUCACCAUCCUCCUAUCUCAGCCUUCUUUGUGAGCAAUAGGAAAGAUGGCUUCUGUAUCAGCGGCAGCAUCCUGGCCAAAUCUAAGUUCUACGGGAACUCUCUGUCAGCUAUACUGGAUGGAAAAGCCAAACUAUUGUUAUUAGGUCGUGAUGAGGAGUAUGUGAUUACCAUGCCAUAUGCUCACUGCAAAGGCAUUUUAUAUGGUACCAUGACUCUGGAGCUUGGAGGAAAGGUGACCAUUGAGUGUGAAAAGACAAAGUACUUUGCAGAACUUGAAUUUAAAUUGAAGCCUUUCCUCGGCAGUUCAUGUAAUGUUAAUCAAAUUUCUGGAAAGAUCCGUAUGGGAGAGGACUUGUUGGCGACAAUAGAUGGACACUGGGAUGGCGAGGUACUGCUCCAUGAAAAGAAGACUGGCCACCAGGAGAUGCUGUGGAAACCCACUGCUGAAGUGCGCAAGCAAAGGCUGAGAAGACAAGUGGUUCAACUAGACCAGCAAGGACCCUUCGAGUCUGAAAGGCUUUGGCAGCAUGUGACCAGUGCAAUUACUACCAAGGAUCAGAACAAAGCUACACAGGAAAAAUUUGUUUUGGAGGAGGCACAGAGGCAGGAGGCACGAGAAAGAGGUGAUCGGCCCUGGAGGCCACACUUCUUCACUCAGAAUCCCGACACCAAUGAGUGGCAGUACAAAUAUGCAGACACUAAGCCAUGGGACCCUGAAUGCUGCCUAAUUCAGUUUGAGAAAGAUGGCAUCAUCCAGACGAAAGAGAGGUGCCGGCGGCAACAUAAUGGCUUUACCUACAGUCAGAACUGGACAAGCCAACAGAAGGGCCAGAUGAAUGGGAAGCACAGGAAGUCAAGCAGUCAGCCAUCCAGCUGCAGUCAGAACACAGAAAGCAGCAGCAGCACACCAGAGCCCACGCAUGAGUCCUCAGACAACGAAGGUUUUGUGAGCCAAUGUGCCAGAUGCAGUAAGGAGAUGAAGGACCUUGCUCUCAUUGAAGCCUCAAUAGCAUCCAUACAGAAAACACAGCAAGACAUUCAGAAGAACCUGAGUGCAUUGAGUCGUCAGCUGGCCCGGCGGACAGAGGACAGUGUGUCUCUGAGUGGCCGCCACUGCCUCGUUCUUUGCAUUCUGGUGCUUUCGCAACUUCUCAUCAACUAUGUCUUCUCUUAAAAGACCAUCACCUAGUUGCUUAGAGACCGACACAUGGCAGUUGUCGCCUAGCAAUAAACACAGCCAAACUACACCACCACACAGCUUCUGAAUGGCCCAUUGACCGUAGCUACACCACCAGGCACUAAGCACUUCAAAAUUGAGAAAGAGACUCCUUUUCUAAAAUCAUGAAAAAGACCGAAAACAAACAAACAAAAAAAAUAAACAACAAAACAUUAGAGUGAAGUGUAAGUGUUGCCCUUUCACUCUUGCUAAUGAACGUGUAAUGUUUUUUAUACUCCUUUGCGAUACUAUUAUUGUGUUUUUGGUCACAUUUCAGGCCCUCUGGGCAGCUAUGGUGUGUGAGUGCGUGAAUAUGCGUGAUAGUGUGUGCGUGUGUGGAUAUAUUUGUCCCCUACUCCACCCCAAAAUAUUGGGCCUUAAUGCUGACGCCAAAUAGAAGAGGACAAGUAGAUGAAUAAUCAGUGGAAGAACUCUCACCAGUGCAAUUCUGUGUGCUUUUGUCCAAAUGUCUGAUCAAACUGAAUAUGACUCAUCUUUAAAAUGAUAAUUUAACCAAACAGUAUAUCUCAGUUGUUAGAAUAUCUGUUUACAUGCUUGUUUCUGUACCCUGCACAUACACGAAAGUAAAUACACAUUGCCAAGCGAUGCAAAUUUUGCUGUUGCAGAUGAAGGAAUGAACAAAUGUCAUGUGUCAGCAUGAAACUACAGUGCAAAAUCAGCCAUAGGCCAGAAUACAGAUCCACAAGGCUGCUGUAGCUAAUGGGUUGGCCAGUCUUUACAGGGUCAUCCAGGACCUUAGGUAUUUAAACUUAUUGGUCCAAUCGGAUUGGAUCGUUUUGGCUUUGAACUGUGGAUGAAGCGCAUGAUUAGAAAUAAGAUGAGGAAGGUUUUGUGAACAAUUCUGUAUAUAUUUGUUUGGAACAAAAUGCCAUUUCAAAUGAAAUCAAGAAUGUAUUUAUUUGAUUUUUUAUUGUUUUAUUUUUGAUUUAUUUCAUACAGUUUUUAAAAUGAUGCAUCACACUCAUUCAGGUUUUCUGGGAGCAAUAUGGUCGCUGUUCUUCCUCAAUGUCUAGGAAACAGGGAGGCAUAGAGCUACAAAGAUGAGCUGCUCUCUCUUGGGCCUCUAUAAAGUAUGUACUGUGGGUGAGCUGAGAGCCCAUUUGUGAUUAAAAUUUGAGCACACAAAUAUUCUAUUUCUUGAUGUAAGAUCAAUGUGCCUGUUCAACUGAAGCAUGUCUCAAAUCAUAAAGCUCUGGAUGCAGGAGCGGAGAGACAGAUGGCUGCGAAUGCUUUGUGUUGUUUUUUUUUACACUUUACAGCACUCUAUAAAACUGUUCUAAAUGAAAAAAACACCAGUUGCUCACAGAUUAUGUCAGUAGUUAUUGCAUAUUGCAGCACUACAGUAAACUUUUACAUUUUGA